CCUUCACAAUUGCAAGGAAAAGAAAAUCUUGGAAGUCUCAGGCGUUCGUUCGAUUCAAGCUCUCUGUCCAAACUUCUCUCUCAAGAUGCAGAUAUUUGUUAAGACUCUAACCGGAAAGACAAUCACCCUUGAGGUGGAAAGCUCGGACACUAUUGACAAUGUAAAAGCCAAAAUCCAGGACAAGGAGGGCAUUCCACCGGACCAGCAGAGGCUCAUCUUUGCUGGUAAGCAGCUCGAAGAUGGUCGCACUUUGGCUGACUAUAACAUCCAAAAAGAAUCCACCCUUCACUUGGUGCUUCGCCUUCGUGGUGGUAUGCAAAUCUUUGUUAAAACCUUGACGGGAAAAACCAUAACUUUGGAAGUCGAAAGCUCGGACACCAUUGAUAAUGUCAAGGCUAAGAUCCAAGACAAGGAGGGUAUCCCACCAGACCAACAGAGGUUGAUCUUUGCUGGCAAGCAACUUGAAGACGGUCGGACACUUGCCGACUAUAAUAUCCAAAAGGAAUCAACCCUCCACUUGGUGCUCCGUCUCCGAGGUGGAAUGCAAAUUUUUGUGAAGACGCUGACAGGAAAAACUAUAACCUUGGAAGUUGAAAGCUCGGAUACUAUAGACAAUGUGAAGGCAAAGAUUCAGGACAAGGAGGGAAUCCCACCAGACCAGCAGAGGUUGAUUUUUGCUGGGAAGCAACUAGAAGAUGGAAGGACUCUUGCUGACUAUAACAUUCAGAAGGAGUCCACCUUGCACUUGGUGCUUCGGCUGCGUGGUGGAAUGCAGAUUUUCGUUAAGACCUUGACUGGAAAAACCAUUACUUUGGAGGUUGAGAGUUCCGAUACUAUUGAUAAUGUGAAGGCUAAAAUUCAAGACAAAGAAGGUAUCCCACCUGACCAGCAGAGGUUGAUUUUUGCUGGCAAGCAGUUAGAAGAUGGAAGGACCUUAGCAGAUUACAAUAUCCAAAAGGAAUCGACACUGCACUUGGUGCUGCGUUUGCGUGGCGGAAUGCAGAUUUUUGUGAAGACUUUGACUGGUAAAACCAUAACUCUCGAGGUUGAAAGUUCGGAUACAAUCGACAAUGUCAAGGCAAAGAUACAGGACAAAGAGGGCAUCCCUCCAGACCAGCAAAGGCUUAUCUUUGCAGGCAAGCAGCUAGAAGAUGGGAGGACUCUUGCAGAUUACAAUAUUCAGAAGGAAUCUACCCUACAUCUGGUGCUGCGCUUGCGUGGUGGGAUGCAGAUAUUUGUGAAGACAUUGACUGGGAAGACCAUUACCUUGGAGGUAGAGAGUUCUGACACGAUUGAUAAUGUGAAAGCAAAGAUUCAGGACAAGGAAGGAAUCCCUCCGGAUCAGCAGAGGCUUAUCUUCGCGGGGAAACAGCUUGAAGAUGGGAGGACUCUGGCGGAUUACAACAUCCAAAAGGAGUCUACUUUGCACCUUGUUCUUCGCCUCCGUGGUGGUUAUUGAGCCGGGUGGUGGUUCUAUGGUGAAGUCUAGUGUCACGGGCCUUCAAUUUGCUGGUGUUCUUUAUGGUUUUUGUAGAUCUGCCCUUUGUUUCCUUGCCAUUUUUUAAUGGCUCAUAAAUAUGUUCUGAACUGGUUUUAAUGUGCGCUUGUUGCGAUUGUUGUUGCAAGACUCUGUUCGAUGGUUGGUUUGCUGGUCAUGUUAGUCGUUUGAAUGAAGUUACUUUUUAGUUUCCUUCAGAAA